UAUGUUUAACGCAAAAAUGUCACGACGAUUACCUAAAAAUGUGAUGUCAUUAGAAAGAUUUAUGCUGCGAACAGAAGUUUUGAAGCUAUACAAACAGAUGCUAAGACUUGUCAGAAAAAUCCCCGACCAGAGUCAGAGACAGCAGCUACAGAACUUUAUUCGCCAAGACUUCGAACUGAACAAGAACUUGGAAGAUGAGCAGGCGAUACGGAUGAAUGUAAUGAGGGGAAAGAAUUCCAUGAAAGAACUUGAGAGAACAGUACAUAUUGCCCAGUGACUGAAUCUGGUCAGAAAUCAAAAAUGCCAAUGGACGUCAAUUUUAAUACAAAAAUGAAGUGUGGUGGUGAAGUACUGGUGUUAUGUAAUUGUCUCAUCCCUGUUGGCCAACAUCGAAUACAAAAUAGAAAAGUUUCCAGUCCGCUCCCACUGAUGUACAAGUGACUUUGACGUUGAUAGGUACACAGGAUGUAUACAAAGUUAACAUUGCAGUCUCGUGUCAGAAUUGAAUAGUUGUUUUGUGAACAAUGAAUUCUCAUUAAAAGAAAAAGGUGAAAACAA